CGCGGGUGAGGAUCAUGUGUAGUCCACGCGCCGAAACUAGGUUACAGCAGCAGAGAGCAGGACGGAGCCGAGAGGAGCCGAGCAGCCGCAGCUGAGUUAUUACUUCAGAGGUGUUUUACCACGACGGCACGUCUGAGCCUGCGCAGAGCCCGCCGAGAACGACCACGUCUGAAAAACAACUAACGCGCUCCUAUUUAUGUUUAAGGUCGGCGCUUCUGGAGAAAAAUAAAUCGGUAGAAAAUCCAUAUGAGGAUUUGGUGUUGUUUGAGUUUUCAGCUGCUUCGCUUUGGAGCGAGUAAGUGCGCGUUCCUCCCAGUGCUGUCCCUUCACUUGGUUUCCACCUGGAGUUGUACGACUUGAAGAGUUGGCUACACUUCACCGCAGACAUGAGAGCUCAAAUAGAGGUGAUUCCCUGUAAAAUCUGCGGGGACAAAUCAUCAGGGAUCCACUAUGGUGUCAUCACCUGUGAAGGCUGCAAGGGUUUCUUCCGACGCAGCCAGCAGAACAAUGCUAUGUACUCCUGCUCCCGACAGAGGAACUGUCUUAUUGACCGGACCAACCGUAACCGCUGUCAGCACUGCAGGCUGCAGAAGUGUCUCGCUCUGGGUAUGAGCCGUGAUGCGGUCAAGUUUGGUCGAAUGUCCAAAAAGCAGCGUGACAGCCUGUACGCAGAGGUACAGAAGCACCAACAGUCCCAGGAGUGUGCGGGCCUCGGUGCCCGUGAGGAGAACGGCGACAUGGCCAACCACGGCUGCACCUACAGAAGAGGCUCCAGCGCUGGGCUCAGCAAUCUGGACGACAUCAGCACACUGCCAGAAGGUCUGCUUUUCGACCUGCCGCUGACCCCAGAGGAUGGGGGUGAAGACUACUGUAACCUGGACAUGCUGGGCGGCAGCGCAGGCAGCAGCUCAUCCUCUCAGAGUUCACCAGAACAGACCAACUUGGACUUUGUAGACGGCAACCACAUCAAGCACGAGUACCAGCUGUUGCACGACUCUGGUCUCUUCUCACAUGCUAUCCUCAACCCGCUGCCCGAGGGAUGCUCCCUGCUUGACAUAGAGCGUAUAACUCAGAGUGUGGUGAAGUCCCACGUUGAGACGAGCCAGUACAGCACAGAGGAGCUUAAGAGAAUGGCGUGGACCGUGUACAACCCAGAGGAGACACGCUCAUACCAGAUCAAGUCAGCUGAGGUGAUGUGGCAACAAUGUGCCAUUCACAUCACCAACGCAAUCCAGUAUGUGGUGGAGUUUGCCAAGCGCAUCACCGGCUUCAUGGACCUCUGUCAGAACGAUCAGAUUAUCCUCCUCAAAGCAGGCUGCUUGGAUGUCCUCCUGAUCCGUAUGUGUCGGGCCUAUAACCCCAUCAAUAACACAUUGCUCUUCAACGGAAAGUUUGCCAGUGCUCAGCUCUUCAAAGCGCUCAGCUGUGACGACCUUGUGAAUGCAGUGUUUGACUUGGCUAAGAGCCUGAGCCGUAUACAGAUGUCUGAGGAGGAGAUGGCUCUCUUCAGUGCUGCAGUGCUGCUCUCACCAGACCGACCCUGGCUGACAGAUGUUCAGAAGGUACAGAAGCUGCAAGAGAAAGUCUACGUCGCUCUGCAGCGCUGCUUACAAAAAGAGGGAGCAUCAGAAGAGAAGCUGGCGAAGAUGGUGUCCAAGCUUCCCACAAUGAAGUCCAUCUGUAACCUUCACAUCGACAAACUGGAGUUUUUCCGCCUGGUUCACCCUGAGACAGCGUACACCUUUCCACCGCUGUACAGGGAGGUUUUUGGCAGUGAAAUCACCUUCCCAGACUCCACAGAGGGCUAACACCGUUUAGCGACAACAGCGUGAUUAAAAUAGAGACACUGAGGUGUAGGAAGGGGGGGGGAGAUGUAAAAAUGUGGCAACCAGCUGAGGCAAAACCAACCAGCAGCUCAAUGACAAUCCUGCACGCUACACUUUAGGACACACUCCUCCCACCUCCCGCCCCAGCUUCACCGUAACACUACAGGAACUGCUGCUGGGUACUCAGUGCAUGUUACCUCGUUUUUUUUACGGAGAAAUUAUUAAAGAGUAGCCUACGUAAUUUUUAUUCUCAAAAAUAUUUUUCUAUGACGAGACCUUAAAUCUCUCAUCGUGUCGAAUUCCUCUCGAGUAUAAAUCUGACUUUCACUGUUCUCACAGUUCCUGUAAGCUAUUGUUGAAUGUACCCCUUUUCCCCUUAACCGCUCAGCACAGCCCUCGGCUUUACAUAGAAUGUACAUACUUAAAGAUCUUCAACCACUUUGUGGAGAUUUGCAGUAAUGAUGCCUGUUUCACUUCUCAGUCUAGCAACAGUUUCAUUCACUUUUUUUUUUUUUUUUUUUUUUUUUUUUUUUUUUUUUUUGGUAGUGCCCACAUUUUGCAGUUUUGUGAUGUAUGAACAAACUGUUUAAAGGGACCAUGAUCAAACUCACAAUCAGACAGGGUUUUACUUUUUCUAUUUUGUUUUUUUUACCGUGUGAAUUUUUAGCAACAGUGUACGCCACCAUGCACCUACAAACUCUUGCACACAGAGCACAAAACAUAGCACUUAUCCUGAUCUUUGUAGGUGUUUUUACCAGCACACUCUCAGACACUGAUGUAAGUGAGCUCUUUGAUUUUUUUUUUACUUUUUUUUUUUUUUUUUUAUGCAAUCAGUGACCUCAGUCCUAAUACCUUUUCCCCUUUUUUGGAAAUGCCACUUAGAGAGUGAGAUUGAGAGAAUCACAGCGGUAUUGUGAAAGUAUUUUUCAGAUGUUCCUUUCUCAUAUAACACAUUUAUAACCCAUUUAAGUUAAGAGCAGUCAUCCUGAGUGAGCAGCAGGGUUAUGUUGUACUUGUGCUCAGGUCUCUCAAACACACUGCCUGCUGGGGGGUUCUGGGAUGGAAAGAUUGUUGUUGCUGAAAAGAAAAAUCUAGUUGACCGUUAGCACUUGUUAGAAUCCAAAAUGAACUCUUGGAACAAGAUUUUACGGGUUCGCACUCAAACUACCAUCUGUGAAACUGAUGUUAAACCAGUGAGAAAUGCUAGAUACGCCCCCUCCAUCCAUGCUGUAGAUGAGCUGCAUGAACAAGGUGUUGGGCAGCCGACUACUGCGGGGGCUUGUGCUCUCAUGGAGGAGCAUCUGGACAUGUCCGCCCCUCCGCAGAAGAGCGUCAUCGCCCCCCCCCCCCCCACCAAAAUCAUCCAGCAGCAUCUCAACCAGCCGGUCCAAAAAUGACUUUUGGUGUAAAUGAUGUUGAAGUAUGACAGUGACUACAUGUUUGGAGGAGGGGCAAAGACUAGAGAGGGGACAGGUGGGUGACGGUCUUAUUUAAGCUCCUUAGAGUUAAAGUUUGAGGGGAUUUACUGUCUGCGCCAACUUUCACUGCUUCGGGGGUCAGGCGGCCUGCGCUGUCGCUUGCAGCCGGCCACGGUGUUCUCAUUGGACAGUUCAAUCCCAAGUUCCUCUUUCCCCCACUCCCUUACUACCUCACCCUCUUCAAACACUACAUGGCACAGCAAAAGGGUCGACAGAGCCAUCAGCUACCCCCCUGAGUUAGUAUUUCUGCGUUUAUGCCAGAGAGCUUCUUUUGUUUUUUUUUUAUAUAAAUUAAAAACUUUGAAGGCCAGUUUUGACUAAAACUGUCACAACAAUGUGUGUUAUGCUCUUAAAACUGGACAGAAGACAAACUAAAAUGCUGGAUCUGCUUAUACCAAAUAUGCGUUUUCUGUCAUUUGAGAGCCGGUUAUGCCUUUGGGUCCAGGAAGCCGUAUUUAGUUACAGAUCUUUGUAGGAAAGGUCUCUGGAGAAACAUGUGGGUGUGCCCGGGUGAAACCUUUGUCUUCAGGGGGACGGAUUCAAUUUCUAUAAAGAAAAACAAAGUAAAGAAGCUACUAGAAACAAGCUAAUCAAAGAAAAACUGUAAGACAAUCACAUGAUAUACUGUUGGAGCUCUAUUUAAUAUAUUGGCCACGUUAUCCUUGCACUGCUGGAAUAGUGCUGUUAGCCAUACUUUAUGUUAUCUCACACAGUAUGAAGGGGUGUUACCCUUUUUUAAGGGGACGUACGACAGUGGCAUGGUGGGACUGUGCAAUAAUGUCUCUCCCAUUGUUCUCCGUAUGCUGGGCCUUUGUUGCCAUCUUUUACAUGAUAAUAUUUCACAAGCACUCCAGCACAGUAAACCUCACAGCACUAGUUUCUUCUAAGAUUGUAAUCAACCAAAUAUACAGCCAACUACAACACAGGUCUGCAGUCAGCUGCUGUGGCCAGAUGACACUUGGAGAUUGUAACAAAGUGCAAUACUUUGUGCGCCCAGUCCUCGAAUGAUAGACAUGAGACAAGAGUCGUGUACUUUCUGCGGGCCCGAAUGCCGUCCGGAGGGGGCAGCACUGAAGGUCCGCUCUUACAUUUCUGUUUAGAGUUACUCAGGGAGAUAGCUGGGCUCUCUGUCCUACAGUGUCUGCCGUUAGUCUAGCUAAGCAAGACACCUUGCACCGACAUAGAAGACCUUAAAACCUUGAUCACUGUGUACAGUAUACAUGUUCUUCUUGUGAAUGUUUGAUUUCAGAAGUAUCAAAGAUUUUACCCCCAUCUAAUAUCAUUAUUGCAAGACUUUUUUCAGUUUGAGUCAUAGAUGAAUUAGGAUGUGAAAAAAAAGUAAAUAUGAUUAAAAAAAAAAAAGUAUAUAUAUAUAAAAGAUUGAUUAUAAUCUCUGAAUCUUGUGUUGGUUUUGUUGUGAUCUUUUGUUUUCUUAAUUUUUAUCCUUAUAUGUACUGUUUUAUUUUAUUUUUUUUUCUCAUCAGUUUAGUGUCCUUUUUGUCUUGGAGAGAUGUAAUUCUAUUUUUUUAAAAAGCGUUUUUAAAGAUGUCUCCCUAAAAGGUUUCUCUUUUGUCAUGAUCCUUCUGUUUUAUGAUAUGUUCACUCUAUUUUAAGAUUAUUAUUAUUAAAUCAAUAUAGAUUUUAAUAAGAAAUAAUUUAUGAUAUGUUAUGUUGUAUGGAUAUAAAGCCCGAGUGGUUUUAUCACAGUGUUAUUGCACAAUGGUGAUACAAUAUGUGGAUUUAAGAAUGUAAUAAAAGUCUUUUUACAAUUAAAUGAA